AGUAGCGGAAACAACAGGAGCACCCGAUUUCCUCUUAGUGUUCCCAAGAUGGCCUACUGCCAAAACAGCCGCGAAGACGAAAUGAACGACCCGUUCGGCUUCGCCAUGCAGCCUUGCACCUUCCCGCCGGGGACGGACCAGAAGAUCAUCCACGCCUUCGACGCCGUAGACAAGGACUGCAAUGGCUACAUUGAGGAGUCCGAGCUGCGGACGGCACUGUCCAAGUGCAACCAGACCUACACCGCCCGAACCAUCCGUUUCUUCAUGUGCGCCUUCUCCAAAGACACCACCCGCAUCGGACCCACGGAAUUUGUGGACCUUUUCAAUAGUCUGAAGAACUGGAGGGAUGUGUUCUGCAGGACUGACAGGAACAGGGAUGGAAUCGUUGAUGCCAAUGAACUGAGGACUGCUCUCAACAGCCUGGGCUUCCCUGUUUCUCCCAAAGCCGUGAAUUUCAUGAUCGCUACGUACACUCGCGAGAAGUCCAGCACCGGAGUUUCCUACGACAAGUUCAUAGAGUGCUGCGCCAUUGUUAAGGGACUCAGCGAAAGGUUCAAGUGGCAGGAGAAUUGCCCGGGAUCCGCUACAUUCACGUAUGAACUCUUCAUGCAAGCAGCUCUGAUGUUCACUGCUGCUUAAGGCCGCAAAUCUCUACUUUUCCAGGACAUGAAGAUGUUGAAGUGGACUAGCUAGGAUGGCAUCGACAUUUAUGAAAUAAGGCUUAUUAUGCUAUACUUUCCUUAUAACAAAAUGUGGCUAUCCAAUAUAUGAUGUUUGUGGUAGUAGCAACUUUGGAGUACUAUGAAAUUAUGCAAUAAUAAAAGGCCUUUUUAUA